AUGGAUAACAACCCCGGUCGCUCGGCUUUUUCACGGCUUUUGCUGGUUUUUGACGUGGCGCUCUCCACUCGAGCUGUUUACGGUUUCCUGAAAGCGUACUUUCGUUGGCGAUUGACGCGAUCGAAGGAUGGUGGGGCGGCACUAACCGCCUCAGCACCCGCAGAGCCCCGGAAGAAAGUGCGAAUAUAUCUAGACGGUUGCUUUGACUUGAUGCACUAUGGGCAUGCGAACGCAAUACGCCAGGCAGCCUCCCUUGGGGACGAACUCAUUGUUGGUGUCUGUAGCGAUGAGGAGAUCACGAAACACAAGGGUCCUCCAGUCAUGACCGAGGAGGAGCGCUACGAGACCGUGGAGGCCGUCAAAUGGGUGGAUCACGUCAUCCGUGGUGUUCCAUAUAACGUGACGCCCGAGUUCCUGGAAACGCUUGUGCGUGACUACGAGAUUGACUAUGUGGUGCACGGUGACGACCCGUGCCUCGAUGCGUCGGGUCGCGAUGUCUACGAGGCCGUCAAGCAGGCGGGGAAAUUUCGAACCAUUGCCCGCACUGAGGGCGUCUCCUCGACGGAUAUCGUGGGUAGGAUGCUCCUCUGUACGACUUCGCAUCAUUUACCGCCGUCGCGAAGUCAGUCUGCUGAACUUGACGGACCAGAGGAUGCCCAAUCGCCAGCAGAAGAGCGCCCAAUGCUGACAAAUGGGCCAACAGCGAAGAGCGAACAAUCACAGCAACCCGAACAAGGAUAUCAGCAACCAAGGGCGUCGUGCUUUCUCCCGACUUCUCGUCGUUUGAUGCAGUUCAGCUCGGGGAGCAAGCCACGGCCCGGGGAUCGAGUCAUCUACGCCGACGGGGCAUGGGAUAUGCUCACCGUGGCGCACAUUCGCUUCCUGAAACAGUGCCGUGAGCUUGGCGAUUUCCUCCUAGUCGGUAUUCAUGAUGAUCACGCGGUGAAUCAGCAUCGAGGACGCAACUAUCCGAUUCUGAACCUUCAUGAGCGCACGCUGAUGGUGCUCAGUAUCCGGUACGUCGACGAGGUGAUCAUUGGUGCGCCCUGGAAAGUAACCGAGGACAUGAUCAAAACAAUGAAUAUUUCGCUAGUGAUACACGGCACGCACUAUGAUGAGCUGAAUAUUCGAGACGGUGACGAUGAUCCAUACGAGGUGCCGAAACGUCUCGGUAUCUUUCGAGAGAUUCCCUCAUCGAGUGACUUGAGUGUUCCGAAGAUCAUCGAGCGGAUCGUUCGCAAUCGAGAACGGUAUCUAGAGCGCCAGCAGCGGAAGGGCACACAGGAAGCGAGGUACUAUGCGGAUAAGACGCACGUGGAGGAGCUCUGA